AGCAUGGGGGCCCCUCGUGCCCCGGCGCGGACCGUGCUCUUCCAGCGGGAGAGGACGGGCCUGACCUACCGUGUGCCCGCGCUGCUCCCGGUGCCCCCCGGGCCCACCCUGCUGGCCUUCGUGGAGCAGCGGCUCAGCCCCAGCGACUCCCACGCCCACCGCCUGGCGCUGAGGAGGGGCACGCUGGCCGGGGGCUCCGUGCGGUGGGGCGCGCUGUGCGUGCUGGGGACGGCGGCCCUGGAGGAGCACCGCUCCAUGAACCCCUGCCCCGUGCUGGACGCCGGCACCGGCACCGUCUUCCUCUUCUUCAUCGCCGUGCUGGGCCACACGCCUGAGGCCGUGCAGAUCGCCACGGGCAGGAACGCGGCCCGUCUCUGCUGUGUGAGCAGCCGUGACGCCGGCCUCACUUGGGGCACCGCCCGCGACCUCACCGAGGAGACCAUCGGCGGCGCUGUGCAGGACUGGGCCACGUUCGCCGUGGGCCCGGGCCACGGCAUCCAGCUGCCCUCGGGCCGCUUGCUGGUGCCUGCCUACACCUACCGCGUGGACCGCCGGGAGUGCUUUGGCAAGAUCUGCCGGACCAGCCCCCACUCCUUCGCCUUCUACAGCGACGACCACGGCCGCACCUGGCACUGCGGGGGCCUCGUGCCCAACCUGCGCUCCGGCGAGUGCCAGCUGGCUGUGGUGGAUGGUGGGCGGGCCGGCAGCUUCCUCUACUGCAACGCCCGCAGCCCCCUGGGCAGCCGUGUGCAGGCGCUCAGCACUGAUGAGGGCACCUCUUUCCUGCCCGGGGAGCUCGUGCCCCCCCUGGCCGAGACAGCCUGGGGCUGCCAGGGCAGCAUUGUGGGCUUCCCAGCCCCACCCCCCAACAGGCCUCUAGGGGAGGGAUGGUCGGUGGGUCCCAGGAGCCCCCCCCGCCCUGCAUGUCUCUGUCCUGGAGUCCAGGGACCCCCAGCGGAGGGUGCUGGGGACCCCCGUGGAGGCCACGUGCAGCUCCAGGGGCGUGGCCCUGGGCAGCCUGGCCCUGGGCCUGGGGUCGGUGGGGACAAGGAGACCUGUGCCCUGGCCCUCCCCGCUGCCCCUGCCACCCUGCCCCAGAGCCCCACGUGGCUGCUGUACUCCCACCCUGCUGGGCGCAGGGCUCGACUGCACAUGGGCAUCCGCUUGAGCCGGUCCCCACUGGAUCCCCACAGCUGGACAGAGCCGUGGGUGAUCUACGAGGGCCCCAGCGGCUACUCUGACCUGGUGGCCGUUGGGCCCAGCCCCGUGGGGGCCCUGGCCUUCGCCUGUCUGUAUGAGAGCGGGGCCAGGACCUCCUAUGACGAGAUCUCCUUCUGCAUGUUCUCCCUGCGCGAGGUCCUGGAGAACGUGCCCGCGGGGCCCCAGCUGCCCCACCUUGGGGACAAGCCUCAGUGCCGGCCCUUCUGAC